AUGGACAAGGAGGCAUACAGUCGUGAACACAGCUUACAACAAAUGGAUAUCCACAAAAUUUCAAAUCUAGAUAAAUGGAGAGAAAUUUUUAGUUGCCACAGGUUGGAAAUCAAUAAUACAGUUCACCAGGUAACUGUUUUUCUGAAAGGGGUCCGAAAGAUGUUAUUUGGAAACACAUUCCAUGUCUUCAGCUAUGAAUGGAAAAAAUCAUGUUUCAAGUUCCAUGCUCCAUAUUCUGACCUAUUCUAUGCUUUGGAGGCAGAAAAGGCAUCUAAAUACCAGAAACAUGGACAAAUCAGAAUGGGUUCAGAGGUGAUAAUUCUGGAUUGUAGCAGAAGGUGCAAGGGAAACAAAUCUGAAGAGUUAACAGAGGAGAUAUCUCAACCAAUCAUGGGUAACUGCCAUAAUUCCUUCUUUGUUGUUGUUUUUUAUCCGUUCAAAGAUGAAGGAAGCCACGGUGUGAUCUUAUUUCUAUAUAGCUUGCUUUUCUCUAGGACAUUGGAAAGGCUCCAAAAAGACCUAGACUUCACAACAUCUCAUCUGUUACAACUCAGUCUUGGAAACUUCAUCUGUAGACAGGCAAUUCUCAACAUCAUUUUAACAGGCAGAGGAAGUCCGCAUGUGUUUAAUGGGUUCCAGAAAUUUGACAGUGAAGAUGGAGUGCAAGAACUAUUGCAUGGAGUCCUGGCCCGCAGUGAUGUGGGCUAUUUACACUGGAACAAGGAGGAAGUGGAGCAUUACAGACCCCUCCAGGUUGGAAGCAUGCUGAAGACUCCUAAAUUACCCAUCUGGCUGUGCAACAUCAAUGGAACAUACAGUGUUCUUUUCAGCACAAACAGGCUGCUCUUAUCUGACUGGAAAAUGGAACACAUCUUUGAUCUUUACUUAUAUAAUGGACAGCCAUCACUGAAAAAAACAGUACAUCUAACAGUAGACACUCAUUCUCAUCAUUGGGAAAAGAAUCACUGUGAAGAAAGUGAUCCAGAAAAGAGAUUUCCUUCUGUGAAGAUGGCAAUCAGAACUAAGUGGGAGGGGGCAGGCAUCAACUGGAAUGGGCCUGUUCUAUUCUUCUGA